CAUCAUCUCCUUCUUUUCCAUUUUUCCACAUACAGAGCGAAACAAAGCAUUACACUUUCAUCAUCAUCAAUGGCUACCACCAAAGUUUACAUUGUUUACUAUUCUACGUACGGACAUGUUCAUAAGCUAGCUGAAGAGAUACAAAAAGGGGCAGCUUCCGUGGAAGGAGUAGAAGCAAAGCUAUGGCAGGUACCUGAAACACUGCCUGAGGAUGUCCUUGGGAAGAUGGGAGCACCUCCAAAGAGUGAUGUGCCAAUUAUUACACCCAAUGAACUACCUGAGGCUGAUGGUUUGUUGUUUGGUUUCCCAACAAGAUUUGGAAUGAUGGCUGCUCAAUUUAAAGCAUUCAUGGACGCAACUGGAGGCUUAUGGCGUACACAGGCACUUGCAGGAAAGCCUGCAGGAAUCUUUUACAGCACUGGUUCUCAAGGAGGCGGACAAGAGACUACUCCGUUGACAUCCAUUACUCAGCUUGUUCACCAUGGAUUGAUUUUUGUGCCCAUUGGUUACACAUUUGGUGCUGGGAUGUUUGAGAUUGAGAAGGUGAAGGGUGGCUCUCCAUAUGGUGCAGGCACCUACGCCGGGGAUGGCUCGAGACAACCUACCGAGUUAGAAUUGGCUCAAGCUUUCCAUCAGGGGAAGUACUUUGCAGGUAUUGCAAAGAAGCUCAAAGGAUCUCAGUGAUUUUUAUUCUCUAUACGUAAGCAAAAGAGUGCCGUGUUGUGCAUUACAUUCAGUUUCCAGUAUGUUCAACAAAAUAAGAUGUUAAUUGAAAAAGAUGAAAAAUAUCUAAUGCUUAUGUUCAAUAUUACUUGUUACAAAGUGAAUCCUCAAAUACACUGUUAUUGUUAAUAACAAGAA